GUGUGCAACCCUCUCCGCCUUCUAUUCCUCCCGUCCCUUCCACCGAGUGCACCUCUAGGUACCCACGCGGUGGUAAAUAUACAGGUCGCCUCUGUAUUGCAGAGAACACCAACACCCAGCCAGCCCUGUAACCUUGCCACCGCGUGGUACCUUAGCGUAUGUGCUCACCUCAGGUAUCCGCAGCGCAGUAUGAAAUGUGCACCUGUGUAGUAGGCUCUUGCCUUCCUUGGGUACCUUACGUAAUACAGCAGGGAAGUUGCAUGGUCUUCACCGCCUGCCAAUUGACAUCCGUGGACCCGCCCUAUCAGCAGGCGGUGGCCAUUUUCUGCCGCACAAAAAAGUCCAUUCCACCAACGCAGCAUCUUGCUUCAAAGGCAAAAUCAUUAACCCCGCGCUGUUGGACGCGCCCAUCAUGGCCACAGCUGAACAACCCGAGUCUGAGAAACCCAAGCAUGACGAAUGGAUCCACGUCAAGUCCAAGUCCCGACUCCGGCGAAGCGCCCCCAAGACACCUGUUAAGGGUCCUGCCGCAAUCUCCAAACCUGCUGAACCCCGCAGCCACAAGUCUAUCAUCGAAAUAACGGCCGAGUACCACUCCUUCAAGUCCAAGUGGCGCGAAACAAGAUGCUGCCUCGGUCUAAAGAAGCUGGUGAGGGACAAUUGCGAAGGCCAUCAGAGAGUCCGCAAGGCAAUGUGUCUCGGCGUGGGCACGUUCGAUCCAGAGGAUGGAGGCUGGGACGCAAAAAGGAGGAGUUAUAUCCAGCUCGACGCCUUCUUGUCCGUGGUCGAAGUUUUAUCCGAACUGUACAAUGAGUCGAUACCGUGCUCGUUCCAGGAACCUCGGUUCACUUCCAGUGACAUAGCAUUCCUUACCGGCCUUGGUCAUGAGGUUAUCGAGUCCCCCGCUGCUUUCGAGGCCGUGGAUGAAGAAACGCUUGUGUUCGCGAUACACAUGUAUCGGCCAAUAUAUGAGGCGACGCUCGAGAAGGCCGUGCCUGCCAUGUUUGUCGGGACAGGAUGGGACGUUUGGGAUGAAUUUGCCUCGAUGAAGGAUGGUGAGUUCAAGUGCAUGAGUGAUAUGCAUGCCUCGCACAAGCACUUCCUCUUCCCACAGGAUGGUACAUACACUACAUUCUCAAGCACGUGUGUGUACUGGCGGCCAAAAUCCGAGACCGCGGUUCAACAAGAGACUUCGGUCGGCGAGAAGGACCCACAGGAAUAUGUUACAAUCGUCGGCCCCGAGACAAGUACCCAGAUAGAGGAAAGCCCCCCAGUUCCUCCGAACAGAGGGUAGGGCUGGAAGCCUUGGAUACUGACCCUGUCGAUAAGGGAGUGAUACUUCAAGUCAAGAAUACCCCAAAGAAAUCAGCAUUACCACCA